ACAGACCAUAAGCAACUUCACUCCUCAGCUCCAGCUUCACACCACUUUCUGAUCGGUCCAACAACAACUGGAUCUACAACUGCUCCACCAGCAUCCAGCAACAUUUCGAAGAAACACAUCAAUAAGAUGGGAAAACAAAAUAUCUGCUUUUUAACUGCUUGGAUAAUUUUGGGAAAAAUCUUUGCAACUUUUUCUUCAGACCUUGAAUCCAACACCACCGCUUUUGCAAACGAGACAGUCACCAUUGAUCAACUGCUGAAUACCACUGAAUGGCUCACCGACUACACCGACAUCGUGUCCAAGUUCUCCCUGCGCACCGCAGACACCCCGGAUGAUGACAUGUGUUACAUAGUACCCGGGAGGCCGGAAACCAUCAAGGAGUGCAACUUUAAUCCAGAAACACAGACCUUCAUUGUGAUACACGGCUGGACGGUAACAGGGAUGUUUGAGAGCUGGGUGCCCAAGCUGGUGUCUGCUCUGUACGACCGUGUGCCCACUGCUAAUGUGAUUGUGGUGGACUGGCUGACCCGAGCCAAUCAGCACUACCCGACCUCUGCCGCCUACACCAAACUAGUGGGUCGUGAUGUCGCCAAGUUUGUUACCUGGAUACAAAACGAGCUGCAGUUGCCCUGGGACAGAGUUCAUCUGCUGGGUUAUAGUCUGGGAGCGCAUGUUGCUGGAAUUGCCGGAGACCUUACCAACCACAAAAUCAGCCGGAUCACAGGUCUGGAUCCCGCCGGCCCCACGUUCGAGCAUGCGGAUGAACAGAGCACACUGUCCCGAGGCGAUGCCCAGUUUGUGGAUGUCCUGCACACCAACACCAGGGGCUCCCCGGACCGCAGUAUCGGCAUCCAGAGACCAGUGGGUCACAUAGAUAUUUACCCCAACGGAGGCACCUUCCAGCCAGGCUGCGACAUCCAGAACACUUUGAUGGGAAUUGCAUUAGAAGGAAUCAAAGGCCUCCAAAAUAUGGACCAGCUUGUCAAAUGCUCCCACGAGCGCUCCAUCCACCUGUUCAUCGACUCUCUGCUGAACAUUGAGCAGCAGAGCGUGGCCUUCCGAUGCAACUCCAAAGACACCUUCAACAAGGGAAUGUGCCUCAGCUGCAGGAAGAACCGCUGCAACAAGAUCGGCUACAAUGUGAAAAAAGUCCGCACGGCCCGCAGCACAAGGAUGUACCUCAAGACUCGUGGAAUGAUGCCUUUCAAAGUUUUCCACUACCAGGUGAAGGCACAUUUCUUCAGCCAGAACCAGCAGAGCUUCACGGAGCAGCCAAUGAAGAUUUCCCUGUAUGGAACAAAUGGAGAGAAGGAAGAUAUUGCUUUUGUUCUACCAUCCCUGAACAGUAACACCACUCAAUCCUUCCUCAUCACCACCGACACGGAUAUCGGAGACCUGAUGAUCGUGAAGCUGCGCUGGGAGCGGGAUGCGUUCAUCAGCUGGUCAAACUGGUGGGGCAGCACCAAGUUCAACAUCCGAAAACUUCGCAUCAAGUGUGGAGAGACUCAGUCCAAGGUGAUCUUUACUGCAAAGGACGGAGAGUUUGUUGACCUCACUAGGGGAGGAGAGAACGCCGUCUUUGUCAAGUCAAAGGAAGACAACCAGAGCCGUAAAGAAAAACUGGCGAACAAGCUUAAAACGAAGGGCAGCCUCUUUGGGCAGCAGGACGCUUGAAGUUGCACUCAAACACCCACCGCGCGUAUCAUCUGUCCCUUCACACGUAGCCAAAGAUGGGCAGCGCACAGCAACGCUGGGAAAGUCUUCGCAAAUAACUGGACACAUAUGAGAUUUGCUGUGUUUUUUUCUUCUUCUCCUGCUCUUCUUGUAUUUACUGAACUUCCCGUGCAACCAACUUAACCUCAUCCACAGUGCUAGAAAUCCCGCUGCUGAAGCAGGUUUCUUCUUGAUGAUGUGCUGACAUUUUUAAGUAGCUUGAACUGCUUUGUAAUCAUUAUUUUUGCUUUUUGUAUCCUAUAUGUACUGUUUAUACCGACUUUGAUAUACUUGCAAUGACAGAAGCGAUGUGUUUUCUGAGCCUUUGUGAACUUGGAUUAUUAUUGAUGUUUAAAUAAUCCAGAGUGAUAGGCAUAAUUUAGGCACAUCUUUGUUCGUUUUUAUGUUUUUUAAAUGUCCAAAGUGAUUAUUUUGUGCCCAACAUUUGUCUUUACUUAACCACUAAUUGCCAACAAUCAACAGGGACCAAAGAAGCAUUUACAGUCUACUGAAUGGAGAAUCACAGUGGUCUUUGUAAAUACCUUAAUCAGUAUCUUUUCAAAUAUGAGCUACAUGGUAAUAUCUGA